AUGUCCUCGGCGUCAGUGUCGUCGUCUUCGAGCUCCCGCGUCCCCGCCUCGGCGCUCUCGAGCCAGAUAGGCAUAGCCCUAGAUGGGGCGGCGCUGUCGUGCGCCGCGAAGCUCCACGGCGACACGCGCGAGAAAUUAUCGUGCUCGAACGGGAGUGGCGAAGGUGGCGGAGGAGGGAUGGGGCGAGUCGGCGACCUCCUUACUCAAAGGCAUGCUCCACCGCGGCCUCCUCGCCAACCUGCCCUUCCCCCUCCGCCCCCCCCUCCGUCGUCGACGCCAACGACGACGUCCUCGGCGUCAGCGUCAUUGUCGUCGAGCUCCCGCGUCCCCGCCACGGCGCUCUCGAGCCGGAUAGGCAUAGCCCUAGAUAGGGCGGCGCUGCCGUGCGCCGCGAAGCUUCGCGGCGGCACGCGCGAUACGGGGAUCGCUUGCGCUCGCGCUCGCGCUCGUUCUUGUGCUUGA